AUGAAUGGCGCGGUCUCGCAUGUGGAUGACGUAAUUAUGAAAGCACAUCGUGAUAUGGUGCAUGGAGAGGAGGGUACUUGGUCGCCAACUACAGCAACAACAGUUCCCACGAGGACGUGCUCAAAAAAUAGUCUUGUCACUUCGUUCACUGACCAGAGUUCCAGAUUGCCCAUGACUUCGUCGACAGCCUCCAAUUCCGAUUCCUGUUCUGCGAGAAGCAUCGAAAGGAAUUUCGUGUCUUCGAGACCAGAUCCGUAUGCGGAAAUAUCAAUGAGUUUGUUCAACACUUAUGGCUCUUCUGGAAGUGCACACACCUCUACCAGCGAUACACGAUUGAUUUCACGGCGUAACACCGAUGAAUCAAUCUAUAGCACGGGUACUGACACAGUUACAUGCUCAACUUGUCCUGAUGGUGGCGAUUCAACGCUCACAGAUUCCAACAGCGCACAUUCCUCCACGGUGUCUGAUCGAACACUGCAGGCAAGGCCGCUGCUAAACCACUCAGAGCAUUCACUGUUAUUGAGCGCUCCACAGUUCCACCCAGCACAGGAUACACUUGGUACGCGAUCCAGCUACACGAAUUUGUUGGAACAGCCACCGCCACCGUUGUUCGAUUCAAAAUUAUGCAAUUUGAAUGGUACUUCUGUGGAACUGGAGCAGAAAAGAAAUGAAGUGUCGCUUAGGCCAAAGCGUGUCGCCCCACCACCACCACGUCAUACUUCCAGAGUCAAACAGCAAUCUUCACCUUUAAAAAUUCCAAAAAUCUCAUCCCCGCCAAGACGUACCGUUUGUGAAAUUACAACAGAACUGCCACCAAAUAGAGCUUUUUAUGGUUCAUCAUCCUGUAGGACAAAAGUUCGACCUUGUUUGCCCCCACCAAAUCCACCGGCCAGCAAACAGUUUGAACGAAAUGCACAGUCAAGUCAGUCACUUGUUGAUCUCAUAACCCCGUCGUAUCAGUAUCAUCGAAGCAAUUCCGCAGGCAAAGCUUUGCCUAUCGAAACAUCGAUGUGA